AUGAAGGUUGCGAAAAAGGAAGAAGCGGGAAAGCAAAACAACAUUGAACAAAUUUCUUAUAAUGAUGACAUAGAAGAGCCAAGUACUAGCAGUAAAGACCAAUCUAAGGGAAAGAUGCUUGGAUUUGCUAAACUUAUAAUUCCUGAUGAUUUUGAUGACACGAUAUAUCAAAUGAACCAAAAAUUUCAGAAAAACAACCCGUCAAAACAACCUACCAAAAAAGAAAAGGAUCACAAAUUAGCAGUCGUCAACAGCAGUUUGUUUACGAAAUUGAAGAUAAUUCCGAAGAAUCACAUCAAAAUAAUAAACAACAAUAUUACAGCCUUGCUUCAAAUGGCUGAUAGCGAAGAUAGUGAUGAUGAUAACAAACCAAUAGACCACCAAUAUCAGAAUUAUGGAGGAUAA